CAGGUACGACGUCAUCCCCGUCUUUCUGUCUCUCUGCAGCUACUGCUGCUGUUGGCUGUCUAGACGGGUAGGCAGACGUUGGGCACAGCAAAGCACGGCUGCAGCGGCUUCGCUUCGAACACUUGCGCGGAGGAGAGCCGAGAAUGCACCACUGACCCGGCAGUUAAUGCUGGAAAUGGCUGCUUGCAGGAAUAGAACUUGGGUACCGCCCCGACCAUUGGUCGAAAACCGAUACGUGUUUACGGCACUGGUCGGCCAAUCGUGGCGCACAGCGGAUCAGAAUGGCUACACACAUCGGCUGGAUUGUCAAAAAGCUACAUUGUUGAUCACGAUGACUUGACUUCAACGAUGCCGCUUUUCCCGACAACUAGGGACAUGAUGGCUACAUGGCUUCUUGCUAGAUAUCGUGUCCAACGUGCUCUGCUCUACAGACCUUGUUCGCUGCCUUGUGAAUGCCCAGGAGAAUCAAGGGUCGUUUCACUUUUGCUGACGAAUUUCUGAGUUCCGUGCACUGAAAUGUGCACCACAUCAAAUAUCCGGAUACACUCAUCCGGAUAACAAGUGUGAGGCUAUCAAUUUUUGAUCCACAAGGACAAACUCCACCGAGCUCUGUCAGUACUUUAUCGUCAUGGCUCUGUCAGUGCGCGCCAAGAACUUAAUCCUCGGCGGCAGCCUCGCCACCUUCGCGUCCUCUAUUUUCGCCUACACUUUCUACCAGAUGAGCCGGGACGACUUCAAGGACUUGGACACUGUGAAGGUGAAUGUGCACUCAAGCGGCAUGAAGCCUUCAACCGCUGGCAAGAACGACGAGUAAGAAGGUCAUUGUGCCGCGACGCAUUCACGCUAAAUACCAGAAAACAGACAUUUCUCUCGUGCGUCGGCAUCUGAAGAAACAGUAAUUUGUUCACUUCACUGUAUUAACACCAACACGAGAUUGGGGGAGCGUAUAUGUAUGAGCGACUUAGAGCCGCGAGAUUUUAUUUAAACAGCGCUGACUUGAGCUGCCCACUUAGACUGUUGUGUCCUAUAGGUCUUCGAUCUCGUUAGCUCUCCAAUCCACCCCCUUCGAUUGCGUUGCCGACUAAACCAGCGAGCACCUGCGGAGUGAAACGUCAUUGAUUUACCGGAAUACAGCAGUUCGCUGCGCAAGAACCUGGUCAGCAGCGAUGAGAAACACAAUAAAAACGAGUCGUCAGCUGACUCUGCCUCGUUAAACAGCCUUUCACCACUAGCAAACGGGCGCACCUUGGCCAUGAGGCGCUGGGACUUGGUGGACGUCUU